UUUAUACCCUAUUACCUGCAUUUCAAAAGCUGGACAUUUGUCAACGAACCGUGUGUUGAGAAUGAUCCACAUUUCAUUGUGAUAUCAACAACUCACCAAGUUUCAGAACCUGGCAUCCGAGGCCAAAUUAUUUCGAUUUCACCUCCAUUCAAAGUCAGAGUUUGUUCAUGCUUAGAGAAAUUCUCUUGAGUCAUAUUCAACACUAAACUACAAAACAUCGACUGUUGUGAAGAAGAAACCAUGCCUGUGGAGGUUGUUAAACGUCCAAAUCCUGAGCCGCUACCAUCUCAUCUCCCUGAGGGCGUCCAGGAACUUGCUAUCAUAAUCGAGAAACCAGACCUGCCCGAAGAUGCAAGAGUCGGACUGGAGAACUUCCGAGCGGCCGCUUGUUUCAUUGCGGCUGCUAUGAUAUUUCUGAAGGAUAAUGUGCUCCUAGAACAAGAACUACAAUUCGACCACGUCAAACCACGCCUUCUAGGGCAUUGGGGAACAUGUCCAGGACUGAUUCUUGUUCACGCUCAUUUGAACUUCCUCAUUCGAAAACAUGAUCUUCAAAUGAUCUAUGUGGUCGGUCCAGGACAUGGUGCGCCGGCCAUGCUUGCUACCCUGUGGCUUGAAGGGUCAAUAUCAAGGUUCUAUCCAGAAUACAGUCUAGACAAGAGAGGUCUGCACAAUCUUAUUUCUCGAUUUUCAGUCACUGGAGGAUUUCCCAGCCAUAUCAAUGCAGAAACACCGGGCGCGAUUCAUGAAGGAGGAGAGCUGGGGUAUGCUUUGUCGGUUUCUUUUGGAGCAGUCAUGGACAAGCCCGACCUCAUCGUUGCGUGCGUGAUUGGGGAUGGAGAAGCCGAAACAGGACCGACUGCAACGGCAUGGCAUGGCUACAAGUAUAUCGACCCAAAAGAGUCCGGAGCAGUCCUUCCUAUCCUUCAUGUCAAUGGUUUCAAAAUCAGUGAGCGUACCAUCUUUGGUUGCAUGGACAAGAAAGAGCUGGCCGCACUUUUCUCCGGGUACGGUUACCAGGUUCGAUUCGUUGAGAAUCUCGACCGCAUCGACGAAGACAUGGCGGCUUCCAUGGAAUGGGCGUUGACCGAGAUUCGAAAGAUCCAGUCGGCGGCACGCAAUGACAAACCCAUCACUAAACCCAGGUGGCCCCUCCUCAUCAUGCGAACACCGAAAGGGUGGUCAGGCCCAAAAGAAGUGGAUGGAAAAAUCAUCGAAGGGUCAUUCCACUCCCAUCAAGUGCCUCUUGCAAAAGCCAAGACGGAUGAAGGGCAUCUCCAGACUCUGAAAGAUUGGCUUUCCAGCUACGAUGUACAUCAGAAAUUGCCUGAAGGCAAGCCAUCGGACAGCAUUCUCCGCAUCAUCCCGGAAGAUAGCAAAAAGUUAGGCCAGGUCAAGGAGUCCUUCAACAGUUUGGAGGAGCUUAAGGUGCCAGAUUGGAGAGACGAUGGCAGUGAGAAAGGGAGCGAGAUGAGUGCCAUGCAGGCUGUGGGACAGUAUAUGAGUCGAAUCUUCCAAGCGAAUCCACACUCGAUCCGGCUUCUUUGUCCUGACGAACUUGAAAGCAACAAAAUCACUCCCGUCUUUGACGUUACGAACCGAAACUUCCAGUGGGAUCAGUUCUCGAAUAACCGAGGGGGUCGAGUCAUUGAAGUCCUUUCGGAACACAACUGCCAGGGUUUUCUCCAGGGCUAUACAUUGACGGGACGUUGCGGAAUUUUUGCUUCAUAUGAAAGUUUUCUCGGGAUUGUUCACACCAUGAUGGUGCAGUAUGCCAAAUUCAUCAAGAUCGCUCAAGAGGUGGAAUGGCGUGGGGAUGUCCACUCCAUUAAUUACAUCGAGACCAGUACGUGGACUAGGCAGGAACACAAUGGGUUUUCUCAUCAGAACCCUUCCUUCAUUGGUGCCGUACUGAACCUGAAGCCCAGUGCUGCCCGAGUAUUUCUUCCACCGGAUGCGAAUUGUUUCCUGAGCACUUUGCGUUACUGCCUCCGGUCUAAGAACUACGUCAAUCUGAUGGUGGGAUCGAAGCAGCCGUCACCCGUCUUCCUGACACCCGAUGAAGCGGACGAACAUUGUCGCAUCGGAGCAGGAGUCUGGAAAUUUGCGAGCACCGAUGACGGACUCAACCCUGACGUCAUUCUGGUUGGUAUUGGAACGGAGGUCACAUUCGAAGUUGUCAAGGCCGCCGAAUUGCUUCGAGAUCUCGAGCCAAGUCUUCGGGUACGCGUUGUCAAUGUUACCGACCUCAUGGUGCUUGGAACGGAAGGUGUCCACCCGCACUCCCUCACGAAUGAAGUCUUCGACGCUUUGUUUCCACCGAACCGGCCGGUACAUAUCAACUAUCACGGAUACGCUGUGGAACUUCGAGGAUUGUUGUUCGGCAGGUCUCGGUUGGAUCGAGUUACGAUCGAGAGUUAUCGAGAAGAAGGGAGUACGACGACUCCAUUCGACAUGCUGCUUCUCAACAAUGUCAGCAGAUAUGAUGUGGCGCGUUACGCGCUUGAAGGCGGUGCCAAAACUAAUGAAAAGGUGAAGCUGGACUUGGCGAAACAUUUGAAGUACAUCAAGGACAGAGUGAAGGAAGCGAAGGAUUUCCUUCUCGAACAUGGGAAAGAUCCUGAUUCAAUGUACGAUAUGCCGCAACUUGCAGGACUGACGACAAAGUGAGAUGGUGUUUGGCCCCAGCAAGGGAUCUAACCAUGCGGCUGAACGGAGUUUCUGUUUUCCAGAUCAGCGGCAAUUGAUGAGGGAUGACCAGAGCUAAGUAGAAACUUCGCCUACAGCACGGCUCAUAGCCUGGUUGAUAUCGACUCGAGUUAGAUGGGGGAAAGUGGUUUUUGAGUCCGAUGACAAGCGCUUGAUUGGGUUCAAAGCUAGAAGCCGAGGACUCUGGGUUGCGGACGACAUGGUAAUAGCCAAGCCCGAUCUCGUUCUAUUUGAGUCAAUUGCCGUCCUUGAUCUGUAUUCGUACCUGCAGUAGACAACCCAUUGGACACAAUUGAACUAUGAACUAAAUUCGAGAAUGGAAAGGACUUCUUACUAGUAGGUGAUCUGACAGCCAACAGAGUUGUAGCCCCAUUAUUUGAGGCAGAUCCUGCUGGACUGAGCUCUAGAUGCGCUCGUGCGCAACGCUGCCCUUGACGGAGUCCUUGUAUGGUUUAUAA